UUAUGUCAUUUCAUAUUACGUGAAGAGCAGUCACAUUACUUUAAUACCGCUAUUGUUUACAAAAAAAAUCACAAUGCUCGUGCGACAAUUGCAGUCACACUGCACAAGAAGAGUCACAUUGUUAAAGAGUUGCUUGGAAAAACAUCAAAUUAAUCAUAAUUCAAAAAGACUAAAAUCAAUUACACAGUGGUGGAACAAAGUGUGGCAAACCUUUGAUGGAGAAGUCAUCAAACCACCUUAUAAACAUUGCGUCCAAGUUGGUGAUCCCGUUUUGAGAUGCAGAGCGGCCGAAGUUCCGGUGGAGAAGAUAAAAAGCGAUGAAGUCCAACAAUUGAUAAAACAAAUGAAAAAUGUGUUACAUCAUUAUAAUCUUCUCGGACUGGCUGCACCACAGAUCGGUGUCUCCUCUCGUGUCAUCAUUAUGGAAGCAACUGAGCAAUUGCGGGAAAAGUACCCGAAAGAUGUGUACACAAAUCGACAAAUGUCUAUUUUACCAUUAACUACAUUCAUCAAUCCAGUGCUUCAAGUAAAAAAUUUCAAUAUAAAAAUGUUCCCAGAAGGAUGUGGCAGUGUGUGCGGAUAUAGUGGAGACGUAAAAAGAUAUGAGGAGGUGUUGUUGAAUGGAUUCAAUGAAAACGGUGAUGCAAUCGAAAUGCAUCUGAAAGGUUGGAAUGCACGGAUAGCCCAACAUGACAUGGAUCACUUGAACGGACAAAUUUUUAUCGAUAUUAUGGAGAAAAAAACAUUUAGCUGUGUUACAUGGCAAGCCGUAAACGCGACCGGUGGUCAGAUACACAUACCAUUUUAUCCACCAAAGAAAAGGCUACCAAUAAAUUUGAAUCCGGCCAAGAAGAGCACGGUUACAUAAAAAAUUAUUUACUGUUUAAAUAAAUUAAAGUCAUUUCACUCUUUCAGACAUGAAAAACGAA